AUGAACGUCCUCGAGGGUCAGGAGAAUUCGUCGACUGGGUCUCAAAUACCGCCACAUGCCGACAGCCAUGGCUCUUCAAGUACGACUGUCUUCAUCAUGUUAUGCUCUCUACGCCAGAGGCCUCUCAACGUAGUAUCUGAAGAGUACCUGGAAGUUGCCACCCUGUUUGUAUUUCUCCAACGAGGUACGUGAUUCUGCGCAGUAGGUUCUUACCGUCGAUCUUACAGCUAAGAAUAGUGUGCUUUUCAAUGAUGAGAUCAGCAGCUGGAGGUUUGAUUUCGGAGCCGAGUGA